CAAAAGCGCAGAGCAUCGGUUCUCAAAAGGAUCAACAGGGAACUGUCAAGGGAUUUGGCUAAAAGAAGCGAGCAGGGAAGGAUUCCAGCAGGGCUGAUGGUGGUCCCGCUGCCUCUCCUCCUUGUUUUCGUGGCAGAGCACAGCCAGGCCCGGACUCACUCUCUGAGAUAUUUUCGCUUAGCUGUUUCGGAUCCAAGCCCUGGGGUCCCUGAAUUUAUCUCUGUUGGGUAUGUGGAUUCACACCCCAUCACCACAUAUGACAGUGUCACUCGGCAAAAGAAGCCUCGGGCCCCAUGGAUGGCAGAGAACCUGGAGUCCGAUCACUGGGAGAGGUAUACCCAACUGCUGAGGAACUGGCAACAGACGUCCAUGGUGGAGCUGAGGCAUCUGCAGAGGCACUACAAUCACUCUGGGCUUCACACUUACCAGAGAAUGAUUGGCUGUGAGUUGCUGGAAGACGGCAGCACCACAGGGUUUCUCCAGUAUGCAUAUGACGGACAGGAUUUCAUCAUCUUCAAUAAAGACACCCUGUCCUGGAUAGCUGUCGAUAAGGCAGCUCACAUCACCAAACGGGCAUGGGAGGCCAAUCAGCAUGAGUUACAAUAUCAGAAGAACUGGCUAGAAAAAGAAUGUAUUGCCUGGCUAAAGAGAUUUGUGGAGUAUGGAAAAGAUAUCCUAGAGAGAACAGAGCCCCCACUGGUAAGAAUAAAUCGCAAAGAAACUUCUCCAGGGAUCACAGCUCUUUUCUGUAGAGCUCAUGGCUUUUAUCCACCAGAAAUUUCCAUGACAUGGGUGAAAAAUGGGGAAGAAAUUGUCCACGAAGUAGACUAUGGAGGCAUUCUUCCCAGUGGAGACGGAACCUACCAAGCGUGGGUGUCGGUUGAGCUGGAUCCUCGGAGCAGCGAUGUUUACUCCUGUCACGUGGAGCACUGUGGUCUCCACAAGGUUCUGCAGGCUCCCCAGGGGUCAGAAACCAUCCUUCUAGUUAUGAAAGCUGUUUCUGGAGCCAUUGCCAUUGUCAUUGCCCUGGCUGGAGUUGGUGUUCUAGUCUGGAGGAAGCCCCGAGAGCCAGAGGAAAUCGUGUACAUUCCCGCACCACAUCAAUGACUGAAGUUCACCUUCCUAGGAACCAAGACUUCUUCUCACGCACCCACUGGUGCUGGAAGCUCUUAACCAUACCCACAAACACACUGGCAGAUCACACUAUUGAGUAGUUGUGGCAGGAAAAUAAGAAAUACAAAUUUUUCUUUGUUCUUUGGCUCCAAAA